UAUAUGUCACAAAUACGGGUUAUUUUUUAUGUUUAAUGAAUUUUGAAAAUGUCUCUAAAAUCUUCUGGAGAAGUAGAUCCCAUAAAAAAUGAAAGAACUGGAAAUGUUCGAGAAGUGGGUUCACAAGCUAUCUGGAGUCUUUCCUCGUGUAAACCUGGUUUUGGUGUGGAUCAGCUGAGAGAUGAUAGAGCAGAUACUUACUGGCAGUCAGAUGGCCAACUUCCACAUUUAGUAAAUAUUCAGUUUCAGAAGAAAACUACCAUAAGUGAUAUUUAUAUUUAUACAGACUACAAACUUGAUGAAAGCUAUACCCCUAGUAGAAUUUCAAUUAGAGUUGGAACACAUUUCAACGAUAUUCAAGAAAUAGAAGUCAUCAUGCUCACCGAACCAUCAGGUUGGGUACACAUACCUAUCAAGGAUAUAAGAGACAAACCCAUCAGAGUAUUCAUGAUACAAAUUGCAGUGACAAGCAAUCAUCAGAAUGGAAGAGACACACAUAUGAGGCAAAUCAAAAUUCACAGUCCGAUUGAAAAUUUGGGAAUCCCCAUUGAGAAUUUUCUUAACUUCUCUACCAUACAGUUUCAGCAGCAUGCCACUAUCAGAUGAAUUAUGAUAACUAUAAUUGUGGAAAAUGCAAAUGUUUCAUUUAGAGUUGGAAGUUACAACAAAUAAAACUCAGUCCUGUCAGAAAAACAAUAGCAGUGGAAUGUAAUUUAUUAUAUUUAAAAGUUAACAUUAUAUUAUUAAAUAUUCCA